ACAAAUUUUCUUUAUAAAAGCAUUCAUGGAAGCUAACCCCCAAAAUCAAGAGAGGUCCACAUGUUGGCUACACUUUGAUAUGUUGUGGGUAGUAGAAGAUGAUGGGGUUGAACGAAGGCAAGCAAAAUGUAAGUAUUGCUUUACUACACUUAAAGCCGAUCCAUCGAGACACGGUACAAGUAGUCUUAAUAAUCAUUUCUGUUCGUGUGCCAAAAAUCCGAAUAAUAUAGUUAGAGAUUGA